GGAGCUCCGGCAAUCCCGCACGGUGCUGCACGCGCGCACGGGGCGCACAGGACCGCGGCGGAACCGCACAGACCACGGACAGGGCCGAUCUAUGGUGGGAAUUCGGUUAUUUUUUUCUUCUUCGCCAAUGCACUUACGAAAGGAAAUAUGCAGCGAAGCUUCGCCCUGCUCUGCGCCAGCUUCCUGGGGGUGUGUUUAGGCUCAAGUUUUCCAAGUAACAUAAAUAUUGGUGGACUGUUCCCCGCGGGCUCGCACGAAUAUGAGGUUUUUCGGUUCGCGCUCUCCCACCACCAGGACAUUCCCAAGCUCGUGCCGCAGGUGGAUAUGGUCAAUAUCACGCAGAGCUUCGCGAUGACAUAUGCGUUCUGCUCCCAGUUCUCCAAGGGCGUGUACGCCAUCAUCGGUCUGUACGACAGGAAGACGGUGAACAUGCUCAUGUCGUUCUGCGGGGCGCUGCACGUGUGCUUCGUCACGCCCAGCUUCCCCAUCGAGACGGCCAACCAGUUCGUCAUCCAGCUGCGGCCCGAGCUGCAGGACGCCCUGGUGGGGGUGAUCGAGCACUACAAGUGGACCAAGUUCGUCUACAUCUACAGUUCUGACUCAGGGCUGUCGGUGAUGCAGAAGGUUCUAGACACAGCGGCGGAGAAGAACUGGCAGGUGACCUCCGUGAACCUGGAGACCAUGACGGAGGCAGCCUUCAUGAAGGUGUUUCAGGACCUGGACAAGAAGAAGGAGGGCCAGAUUGUCAUCGACUGCGAGGUGGAGAAGCUGGCCUCCAUCUUAAGAACGAUCGUCUCUGAGGGGAAGCACCUGAAGAACUACCACUACAUCCUGGCCAACCUGGGCUUCCUGGACAUCGACCUGACGGAGUUUAAGACCGGGGGGGCCAACGUGUCGGGCUUCCAGCUGGUGAACUACACGGAUCAGAACGUGAGCCGCGUGGUGCAGCAGUGGCUGGAGUUCGACAGCAAGGACGCCAAGGCGCCCAAGAGGAGGCUGAAGUACACGGGCGCGCUCACCUACGACGGAGUCAGCGUGAUGUCCACCGCCUUCCAGAACCUCCGCCGGCAACGGAUCGACAUCUCCCGCCGGGGGAACGCCGGGGACUGCCUGGCCAAUCCGCCGGCCCCCUGGGGCCAGGGCAUCGACAUCCAGAGGGCCCUGCAGCAGGUUCGUAUCGACGGUUUGACCGGUCACAUCCAGUUUAACGAGAAGGGUCGACGCACGAACUACACCGUCAGCGUCAUGGAGCUCCGACCCAACGGGCCCAAGAAGAUUGGGUACUGGAACGAGGAUGAGAAGUUUGUGAGCACCGCAGGCUCCCAUGGAAACGACACCUACGGCCUUCUGAACAGGACCUACAUCGUCACCACCAUCCUGGAGUCCCCGUACGUCAUGCUGAAGAAGAACCACGAGCAGCUGGUGGGGAACGACAAGUACGAGGGCUACUGCGUGGAGCUGGCGGCCGAGAUCGCCAAGCACGUGGGCUACAGCUACAAGCUGGAGAUCGUGUCAGACGGGAAGUACGGGGCCCGGGACCCCGACUCCAAGAUGUGGAACGGCAUGGUGGGGGAGCUCGUCUACGGGAAAGCAGACGUGGCCGUGGCUCCUCUCACCAUCACGCUGGUGAGGGAGGAGGUGAUCGACUUCUCCAAGCCCUUCAUGAGCCUGGGCAUCUCCAUCAUGAUCAAGAAGCCCAUGAAGUCCAAGCCGGGCGUGUUCUCCUUCCUGGACCCGCUGGCCUACGAGAUCUGGAUGUGCAUCGUGUUCGCCUACAUCGGCGUGAGCGUGGUGCUGUUCCUGGUCAGCCGCUUCAGCCCGUACGAGUGGCACGCCGACGACAUGGAGGACCAGGAGCAGCAGGGCCAGCCCGGCUCAGCCCCGCCCGGGCAGGCCCAGCCCGGCCCGGCCCAGCAGAGCACCGAGCAGACCAACGAGUUCGGCAUCUUCAACAGCCUCUGGUUCUCCCUGGGAGCCUUCAUGCAGCAGGGCUGCGACAUCUCGCCCAGGUCGCUGUCGGGGCGAAUCGUCGGGGGGGUGUGGUGGUUCUUCACCCUCAUCAUCAUCUCCUCGUACACGGCCAACCUGGCGGCCUUCCUCACGGUGGAGAGGAUGGUGUCGCCGAUCGAAAGUGCCGAAGACCUCGCCAAGCAGACGGAGAUCGCCUACGGGACCCUGGACGCCGGCUCCACCAAAGAGUUCUUCAGGAGGUCAAAGAUCGCGGUGUUUGAGAAGAUGUGGUCGUACAUGAAGUCGGCAGACCCGUCGGUGUUUGUGAAGACGACGGACGAGGGCGUGAUGCGCGUGCGGAAGUCGAAGGGGAAGUACGCCUACCUGCUGGAGUCCACCAUGAACGAGUACAUCGAGCAGCGGAAGCCCUGCGACACCAUGAAGGUGGGAGGGAACCUGGACUCCAAGGGCUACGGCAUCGCCACGCCCAAAGGGUCCCACCUGAGAAACCCAGUAAACCUGGCAGUGUUAAAACUGAACGAGCAGGGCCUGCUGGACAAACUGAAAAACAAGUGGUGGUACGACAAGGGCGAGUGCGGUAGCGGCGGAGGUGACUCCAAGGACAAGACCAGCGCUCUCAGCCUCAGUAAUGUGGCGGGAGUGUUCUACAUCUUGAUCGGAGGGCUGGGCCUGGCGAUGCUGGUGGCGCUGGUCGAGUUCUGUUACAAGUCCAGAACCGAGUCCAGGCGAAUGAAGGUGUCCGUGCACACGGCACAGGCGUUUCACUGCGCUGCCUUAGACAGCUCGGGCACUAGCGCCCCCUAUACUGAGCUGCAGAAUUACAGCCUAUACGGAGCCCAGAGUGUUAAGAUUUAAGACCAAAGGGCAGUCGAUCAGCGAUGCCCUGCACGGCUCCACGCUGCCGAGGGCUGGCGGGAGCGGAGGUGAGAACGGACGCAUCGUGACCCACGACUACCCAAAAACAGUGCAGACCCUCCCCUGCGUGGGCCACAC